CAAUGAGAAGAAAAAGCGCAUAGAGGGAAACCGAGCUGGCAAGAAGAAGAACCGAAAUAAGAAAGAAAGGAGCAGUAGAAAAGUCAGAAUUCAAAGCCAUCCUCAGUCAGUCGUUUGGCUCGCAAUUUCAAACGAGUCCACUUUCUGUCUUAUAAAGGAUCUCAUGCUUAUUAUAAUUUUUAAAUAUUUUUGUUUAGUUUUUCCACACAUGCCACUUUACCUCUAUAUAAUGCCCUUCUCUUCGCUUUUCAUCAAAUCAAACCAAUUCCAUCCCAAUACAAUUUCACAAGCCUUCACAUCUUGCGCAUCUCUCUCUCUCUCUCUUCUAUUUGAUUGUCUCUCUCUGUCGCUCUGUGAUCGUCAGUUAGGGAGAUGGAAGUACAUGGAGGAGCAUGUAGUUCUGCAACUCCUCAUAGCGAGGAGGAGAUGGAGCUGAGGAGAGGGCCGUGGACGCUAGAGGAGGACCUUGUUCUAAUGAACUAUAUAUCCAGUCAUGGAGAGGGUCGCUGGAACUCACUUGCUCGCUGCGCAGGGCUUAAGAGAACGGGGAAAAGCUGCCGACUUCGGUGGCUGAACUAUCUCCGGCCGGACGUCCGGCGAGGUAACAUCACACCGGAGGAACAGCUACUCAUCCUCGAGCUCCACUCUCGCUGGGGAAACCGCUGGUCGAAGAUUGCGCAGCACCUCCCCGGAAGGACGGAUAACGAAAUAAAGAAUUAUUGGCGGACUCGAGUGCAGAAGCAUGCGAAGCACCUUCAGUGUGACGUUGACAGUAAGCAGUUCAAGGACGUCAUGCGCUACCUAUGGAUGCCCCGUCUCAUUGAACGGAUCCGUGCAGCUUCCGCCAACUCCAAAGCAACGGAAUCCGUCGCAGACUACGGGAACCUCGCCGCCGGCGACCACGCCUUCGAGGCCGGGACCGGAUGGGGCGGGCUUGGGGAAAUCGUCAAGCCCGGACCAGAGAGCCCGGCCACCACCGUCUCCAGUAGCGGCGCCGCCGGGUACGAAGUGGCCGAGAAGCUCAAGGCAGGUGAAGCGAUUCAGCUUAGUUUGCCGGCGCAGAUAGGCUGCGGCGGCGGAUGGCCGGAGCCCUCUCUGCCCAGCCCCGGAUAUGGCUACCAGGCCUUGCCGGAAUUGGAACAGUAUUGGGGAUUUGGAGGGGAGAUAAGUGACAAUUUGUGGAAUCUGGAAGAUUUUUGCUAUUUACAACAAUAGGUGGCAAAAUUUUGCAAAAGUUUCCAAAACUGACACGUGGCAG